CAUUCCAUACCUGGCUAGCAGUAUAGAAUUUAAAAUGCUUAAUUGUAUUUGACAAAGGUACACUUGUAUGAGCAGAUAAUGUACACAAAAAGUGGAAAAAUGCAAUGGGUUUAAUGUGCAUAAAUCUUAAGAAAACCUUCAAGAAGAGAAUUUUCAGAGCAAUUAAAUAUAUUAAUUAUGUGGAGAAUGGUAAACCAUAUUAUGAAUUUAUCAGAAUGUAAGUAAAGAUAGGUUAAAAGUUAGUUUCACGUUAAAGUAAGUGACAAUAUUCCAGUUCCAAAAAAGUUCUAUUUAUUUCAAGGUUCAGAAGCUUUAAGUCAGCAUUUAGUUGAGAACAGAAUAAUAUUACUUCCUUAUUUUCCAGAUGUGACAUGAUUACUGUUUCACAACCCAGACACACUCAGAACGCAAGCUGUGGAGACAGUGCAGUGAGAACAUAAGUCAAUGAAAUUAUAAGAACAUUCUACACCUUCAAACAAAAUGACUCAGUUACCCGCUUUCAAGAUUCCAGUCAUCACUGAUGAUAAUUUCGAAUUUGACUUGCUAGACCCUUCACUAUUUGAAAAGCCCUGUGAUACAUCAAGUGUCAUAAACUUUGGCAGGCUUUUCAUGCCUAUUUUAUAUGCAAUAAUAUUUGCCACAGGGCUUCUGGGCAAUUUAUUGGUCAUUGUGACAUUAGUCCUUUACGUGAAGCCAAAGACCAUGGUAGAUAUCUACUUGAUGAACCUGGCCAUCGCUGAUCUGAUCUUCCUUUGCACCCUGCCAUUUUGGGCAGCUGAUGCAUAUACUGAAUGGAUCUUUGGAACUUUUAUGUGCAAAAUUAUGAAUGGUCUGUAUACUAUCAACUUCUACAGUUGUAUGUUAACACUUGCCUGUAUAAGUGUCAACAGAUACAAUUUCAUUGUUCAGUCAACAAAAAUGUAUAAAAGUAGAACUAAAAUAAUUUACAGUAAGUUAGCUUGCACAGGGCUUUGGGUGCUUGCAAUUAUCUUAGCCCUUCCAGAAUUUAUAUUAAGCGAAGCAUAUACUGGUAUACCUGACAAAAUUAUCUGUACAAUGGUGUACCCUCCUAAUUCCGACAUUAUCAAAGUAGGAGUCCAUGUAACCCAGCUAGUGGUGGGAUUUCUGAUACCCUUUGUAACAAUGAUCAUUUGCUACACAAUUAUUGCAAAAACUCUGCUCCAUGCUAAGGGCUUUCAGAAGAAUAAAUCAUUAAAGAUUAUAGUUGCAGUUGUAAUUGUAUUUAUGAUUUGUGAAUUGCCAUUUAACAUUGUACUCUUGAUGCGAACUUUAGAGAUCAUGAAUGAAAAAAGCAUGAGUUGUGAACUUCGUGUAAAUGUAGACUAUGCAAUUAUCAUAACAGAAGGAAUUGCCUAUGUACAUUGCUGCCUUAAUCCUAUUUUAUAUGUAUUUCUUGGAGUAAAGUUUAGAAACAAUUUCAUGAAGAUUUUAAAAGAUAUGGGAUGUAUUAGUCAAAACCAACUGGCUAAAUAUCUGAAAACCGAGUGUGAGACAUCACAGCAAAAAUCAGGUAUAUCGGAAACAACUAGUUUGCACCCUUUAUAAAAAUACUGGCUAAAUCAAGAUAUUAAAAUGUAGAUAUAUCAUGAUAAUCUGGUCUAGGAUUGUAUGUGUUUUCCUAAAUUUGCUGUAAUUUGAUUGACAUUUUCUAAUUCAAUUGAACUAGGCCUUUAUGGAAUAGAUCCAUUAUAUGCAGCAUCAAAUUCUAUGUUAUUAUCUUCAGACAUAAAUUGUAAAUAGACCUAAAAGCUGUAUGUAUAAAUUAUGUUCAAAUGCAUGCAAAUAUGAAUUUACCUAAUUAAAUCCUUGAUAAAAUUGUUCAACAUUCAUGUGGUCUAAGGUAUUUUGGAUUUAUUGGUGCAGAAUGCAGAUCUUAAAAUAAUGCAAGAGUAUAAAAGCUAUUGGUUGCACAAGAGAUUUGAGAAGAUACACUAUCAGAAUCAAUGGAGGAACACCCAAUUCAGUAAAGAAAAAAUUAUAUUUGAA